GUAGUCAUAAAGAAUGGGCCACUUUACGUUGUUGUGUUACCAAAUACUCGAGAAAAAAAUGGAGCACCACCCUUCUUUUAGUUUCUUUUUGUUAAACUCUUUUAUCAGGAAAUUAGUUUAAGACAAUGCAAUGGAAGACCACUAUGACUAUUCUCACCAUGCAUUUUGUAUUGGUUUCAGUAAGCAACUCUUUUUAUAAAAUGUGUUGGAUGCUCACUCGUAAUAGCUUUCAAUAAUUGUAAUCUCAUGUCAAAACUGAUUAACAUUGAUGACCAUCCUCAAUUUUUGAGUCGCUUAAGAAGCGAAAGAACCGAAGUCCCUUCAUUUUUAUACCAUACCGACCACAAAAUCGUUAUAGCCAGAGGUAACUCAGCCGAUACAAUGAUGAAAAAAUCCAAAGAACACCAAGAAGGUCUAUUUUAUGCGCGCAACAUUUUUAGCGAACUUCACUCUAUUUAUUCAAGAUCGCGCCAUGAUUCUGGUUUUCAGCAAAGUCCAUAUGACAAGAUUGUUCUUCAGGAAGUAGUGUAUGCCUUACAACAGGAGGUGACUUAUUGGAAGCAAGAACUACAUUGCUCACCUGCCGAUUUUUACUAUGCAUUCAAUUUACCAACAAACUGGGAUUGUAAAAUAAGAGAAGUAUUAAUCCGACCUCUCUUCAUCAAAGCGGAUCUUAUUCACGAAAAUGAUGGUCAGGGCAGACUGAUUUUUUUCACAGAGCUGGAAUCAACUUUUAGAUUUAUGCAAACAAACGAUUCAAUCAUUGCAAAUAUGGAAAUAAAACCGGGGAAUCAGAUUCUUAUUUGUUCAUUAGAUUUACAAAAGGAAGCACGGGUGAAUAUGGAGUUACUCUCAGUGCAUUAUCCAGCCCUGACAGCGACAGACAACAUGUGUGUCUCACAAUGGUUGACGUUCAUGGAAGAGCGGUGUGAUAUCGUUCUGACAUCUAAAUUUAUUGACAUAAUGCUAAAAGCCAUCCGGUUAUUGAUCAAUGAUUUCAAAAGUAAGAAAAAAGGUUUGACGUUUAAAGAAAAGCUACAAUCACGACCGUUUCAAAGUUUAAAAGAUAUCCAUGAUAAGCAAUUCAAACUGAAUGACUCGAUAAUCAAGAUUAUAGAAUCAGCAACUAUGGAGGAUGUCUUAAAAAACUGGACUGAUUCUACCGAGAGACACUUUAUUGGCCAAAUGAAUAUUUUACUUCAAGGAAUGGGCAAUACAAAAGCGAGGUUAAUGAUCAUUUUUUACACUGAAAGGAUUAAACAAAACUGGGAUUUGUCACUUUUUCUCAGGUCAAUUGAGAAGUGGUCAAAAACUUUUCACCUAAAAGUGACCUAUAAACAGGAUGGCCUUUCGGAUCUAGUGAGAAAACAAAUGCAAGACUUUAAUAUGCGUAGAGACCCAAUCAUACUACCGAUGGAAACACCUACUGAGAUACCCAACACUCCUUUACAGCCUGUUUAUUUUAUCAACAUUGAUAUUUUGCCAACGCAAACCAAGACUAUGAUCACAUACGUAGAUGGUGACAGCCAAACCAAGCAAGCGGUAAAUGUUAAAUGCAAUAUACCACCAUUAAAUUGUUACAUCAGACAAUCGAAAAUGUAUCAAAAUCCGGAACUUUGUAUAUCUAAUAGACUGAAGCUAGUUAUGGAAGAUAUUUUUGGUGACCAUCUCAAAGUGUGCUUAAAUCAAAAGAAAAAAAUAAAAACAAGUAGGAAACAACUAAAGGAAAUCAGGGAUUUAUUUGCUCUAUCAAAACCAAACUUACUUGAACAACUUACAAAAAAUGUGAAAUUGGAUGGACUUUUUACUUUGGAUGAGCAUUCUUGUAAUGACGAUGCAGAUUUAGUAACUACCUAUGAUCCAGCUUAUAUCUUCUUUUUUACGAUGAUGUAUCUACAACAUCUUAACAAGCUGUUAGAAGAGCAGCUAGAAAUUAGUUUUGGAGAUGACUGGAGAGGCAAAAAUAUAUGGUAUGGCGUCUCUGUUGACAAACAUUUAUUGGGUACCGUUUUUGGCUCAACAAAGAAAUUGGAAAAGCUAUUUUAUGCAAGUGGCAUACUAGACGACAGUCUUCGAAAAGCCAAAUUCUGCAAUCGUGGCGAGGAAAUCUUGCCUGCUAUUCAACACAGACUACCCUACUUGCACUUUAAAGUGAAAUCUUAUUUUGUGGUUGCACAAAUAUUUUCAAAGCAUAUGCAACUCACUUUGCAUCAGGUUGUUAAAGUUGCCUCAACAGGUGAAGAUGCGGCUAGCGUUAUUAUAAAAGAUAAAAUAGUAGAUAUGAACGAUGUGUCUGAGGUAUUAGGCAAAGAAAUAUGGACAAGUAUACAACUUAACGGUCAGACGGAUUACUGCAACAUACAUGAGGAUGGAAAAAAUGAGCGAUAUGAUCCCAGCUCAUUUCAAACUUACAGCUAUAUGUACCGAAAUAUAAAAUCAUGCGUAACUCGGCUUUUGGAAAUGAACAAAACAGAUUUGGAUAUGAAUUCUAAAACAAGCCUAAAAUUGAACACCAAAUGCUCUUGUAGUGUCAACAUUACUCUGCGUUGCAUUCUUGAUGUGGGUCUGAAGUCCGUCAUUGAAAAUAUGGAACAAAUUAUGGCGGCAUCAUUGGCAAACAAGCUGCUAUUUGGAAACUAUGAAACAGAUCAUCUUUUUGUGUUCGGGAAUCCCUUUAGUUUACCCUAUGACUCAAUGAUUUACAAAACAUACAUGAGGUUGCUACAACAGGAAGUUGAUAUUGGUAUACAGCUAAAGGACAGGGAUACGCAGGCGUUUGUACUGACUGAUUCUGUCUCACAACUAUUGGAACGGGUGUCACUCAUAAAGCCUUACCUGUAUGAAAGGUUCAUCAGGGGAACUUUGUGUCACGUAUCAAGUGAGACAUAUGCGGUGCGAUAUCCAUUUCAAUAUUCAAAACAAUAUUCUCCUUUUGUUCGUAUAAACCGCUGUGGUGAUAUAAAAAGUACUGUAGGAAAUAAUGGUAGUUAUUUGGUAUUUAUCCAAAAAGGAAAACCAAUCUCGGGAAAGGGACUAAUGAUACAAAUCAAAGAAAACAAGAACCUCUUUGCAAAUGCUGGUAUAUUUUUCUCUGUUCAUCUGAAUGGACAACAUGUAAUUUUGUGUGUUAAUUGCUUUGUAUGUAGAGAUUCUUAAGGUGAGGCCUUCAAAGGAUACCGUUUUUGAGAAAUAUACUCUUAUAGACGCCUACUCGGAAGGGUCAAAACAUUUAUUUUACAGUGAAAGUGAACAACGUCCUACCUCAAAAUUAGUGAUCGACUGCAAACGUAUCAACCAUAAUUAUCUUCUCCAACUGUCAUCGAGAAUGAUAGGCCAUGAUAUUGGUUACAAUCAGGGACAUGACGAAGAUUUCAUAACUUUAGGAGAACCGUUGACACUCGCUUAUAUUUGAACAAUCAGCUCAAUAAUUUUAAUAAAUCAACGUCUCCGUAUAUCAAGUGAUGACACUUUUGUCAGCCA